AUGAAGGCGAGCUCGGAGCCGCCGCCUGCGCCGCAGCAGGAGAAAGAGGAGAGCGGCCGCGUUUGGGGACGGGAGGCCGAGGCGCGCUGGCCCAGGGACGGCGGCGGCGGCGGCAGGAGCGAGGCGGAGGCGGAGCGGCUGCGCACCCGGGAGCGCCUGGAGGCCACCUUGGCCGGGCUGGCCGAGCUGCAGUUCCUCCGCCAGCGCCAGGAGCUGCGCGUCCGGCGGCUGCUGCUGGGGGCUUCGCCCGCCGGGGAGCCGCCGCAGGCCGAGGGAGCCGGAGCCGCCCCGCCGCGCAGCUUGGAGGAGAAGUUCCUGGAGGAGAACAUCUUGCUUUUGAGGAGGCAGCUGAACUGCUUGAGAAAGAGGGAUGCCGGCUUGUUGAAUCAGCUCCAAGAAUUGGACAAGCAAAUCAGCGACCUGAGACUGGAUGUUGAAAAAACGGCAGACGAGCACUUGGAGAUGGACAGUCGUCCAAGCUCAGGGUUUUACGAGCUAAGCGACGGCGGGGCUUCCGGGUCCCUCUCCAACUCGUCCAACUCUGUUUUCAGCGAGUGUCUGUCCAGCUGUCCCUCCAGCGCCUGCUUCUGCAGCCCCUUGGAUACAUCCUUGAGCAGUUCAGACGGCCGACCCAAAUCGGCAGAUCUUAUUGGGUGGAUGGAAUACAACAAAGGCGGUCAGCCCGAAGACCAGUCUGUGGGGAAUAUCUCUCAUUCUCUUUCCACGCCACAUUCAAAUUCCCUGGAUGUGGUUGCAGAAGUGCACCCUAAAUAUCAAUGUGACCUGGUGUCCAAAAACGGGAACGAUGUGUACCGGUACCCCAGUCCCUUACAUGCCGUCGCAGUCCAGAGCCCCAUGUUUCUAUUGCCAGUAACGAGUAGCCCCCCAAAAGAAGAGGAAGACAGGGCUAUCGGCAAUGUCAGCGAGGUCUGUGUUGGAUCUGAAGCGGAUACAAAAACCAGCGCUUCCUGUCACCUGUCAAAUUCUCAUUCCACAUCCCUUCCAAUGGCCGCCAAAAAAAUGGAAGGAUACAUCUUGAGUCUCGUGCAGAAAAAAAUCCCUUCUGUGAGGACUAACAAACCGAGAACGAACCUGAACGCAGACCCCGCCAAAGGAAUUUUGAGGCACGGCAGCAUUUGUGCUCGGCAGGGGGCCGGCGCGGCCCAUAACAAUGCAAUCCCUGUGAAGAAUCCUAGCCAGGUGUUCCCACGUUCCACCACAGCCACCCCCGUGUUGGAUAACGGCGCCUUUUCCCCCUCAAAACAACGUUUGCGAGAAGCAAGCAUCGAGCACCUGGAGACCAAAAAGAUUCCAUUACCCUCGGCCUUCUCACCAAAUUCAAACCAUGAACUUCAGAGCAAACCCGCUUCAUCCAGGACUGUCAAACCUCAAGAGGCUAUACGGUGUCCUGUGGUUAGCAAGGGUGACGGGCCGAAGGAAAGAGCCCAAACCUUUGCGACUAAAGAAAGCCCUUGCCAGCACAUGGCAUCCCUGAAGGAAAACAAAGCCAUCCAAAUGCCCAAAAAGAUACCGUUAAAAAACAAUGGGGGACAAGCAAUUCAUUCUGUUUCACCUCCUCAUGAGCCCAGGCCUUCGCUGGAUUUCAAAAGCGAGGGGUCAUCCUCUCAGAGCCAGGAGGAAGGGUUACUGGUGAACGCCCGGUUCGUACCCGCCCAACCACAAACAGUCAGGCUGCACAAAGGCACCAGGAGUGUCAAAAUUCUAAAAAGUUCCAUGGUGAAACACAGAUCCCAUCUUGUCACAGUGCUGGAAAACAGUCCCCUGACUGGGCGGGAGAAAGGCAAACCCACUGGCAAAAAAUGCCGGUUCCCUGAUGACCUGGAUACAAAUAAAAAGCUGAAAAAGACAACCUCAAGGGGAAAGAAAAGUGUCCAUUUGCCAUCCGACACCAGCCUUCUGAGUAGGCCCCCUGGUGUCCUUAAGUCCACAAUAAGACCCCACGGGUAUAGCAGAGAACCGGUUGUAGCCAAACCUAAGCACAAACGAGCUGACUAUCGCCGCUGGAAACUAUCAGCGGAGGUGUCUUAUGAAGAAGCCCUCAAGAGGGCCAAAAGAAACCGGAGAGAAGGCCUUGGGGUCUACUCACAAGUUACACAUCCCUAUGCCAGCCCUUACGCCUAUGUCGCUAGUGACUCGGAAUAUUCGGCUGAGUGUGAAUCUCUUUUCCAUUCCACUGUAGUGGAUACCAGUGAGGACGAAAGGAGUAAUUACACCACGAACUGCUUUGGGGAUAGCGAGUCAAGCGUGAGCGAGGUUGAGUUUGUCGGCGAAAGCACGACGACCAGUGACUCAGACGAGAGCGGGGGCCUCAUUUGGUCCCAGUUUGUUCAAACUCUCCCCAUCCAGACAGUCACCGCUGCUUCAGAGCUCCACGAUAACGCAACAAAAACCUUUGUGAAGAUUAAGGCCUCUCAUAACCUGAAGAAGAAGAUCCUCCGCUUUCGGUCCGGCUCUCUCAAACUCAUGACUACUGUCUAAGUGCAUCCCAGGAAUAACAAAUAAUGCACGCUUCAAGUGUGCAGACGUAGGGGUGGGGAACAUGUGUGGAAUGAUAUAUCGGCACAAAAUUUUUGAUGGGCACACUCACUUGGGGACAAGGGAGCCACAAAAGCGAUGCGGGCUUCUGGAUCUGGGGGGAUUUUGUAGCAGGGCCCCCUCAUCUGCAAAGAGAGAGGAAUGCGAGAUUCUUUCAUGCUGUUUUCAACCUUCUCAGGUGUCCCACAUCAACGGUGCUGGAGCAGUGGGUUCUUUACUGGUCUUCCGGGGUUGGGAGGAGGGUCAAAACCUCCAACCUCCCCCUCCUCUGAAACGGACCAAACCCACGAGUUCCAACAUUAACUUUGCCUUGAUCUCCUGGUAAUUCUGGGAUCUUUCUGCACUGCUGUUCUUUUAGCAAUCCACACGCACAGCCUUGAAAU